UCUCUUUCAUCUUCCAAAGAUGGCAUUCCUCAGCACUCCUAACCAUGUCGGUGGCAGUUAUGAACCUUUGAAUUGUUUCCGAACCACUGUCUAUCCUGAUGAGGAUCAUAUAGAGGUGCCUGUUCGUUUUAUGAAUGAUUGGAAGCAUGAAUUGAUCAAGCAGAGUCGUGGUUGGAUUAAGGACUUGGUUGAAAAUUCCAUUUGCAUCGACACCUCUUGCAUUACUAGUCAUUAUAUCAUUACGGGAGGAAUCAUGAUUUCUCAUAAAUGUGGAUUCCAAAAUCCUCAAACGGUGAUGUUGUCAUAUCAACCUAUUGACAAUCACUUUCGCAUGGAAAUUGCUCACGAGGAGUUGAAUGAGGAUAGUGUAUGUCUUUCCACCGAGUUUUCCACGAGACUUUGUCUCAAUGGUGAUAACGAUGGUAACUGUUCAUUUCGAAGUGAUUCUGAUGAUGUUUCUGAUGAGUGUUAUGAUGGGUAUUCCUACAAUUGGGCUGUGAAAGUCACUGAUUCUAUUGCAAAGGGAGAGAGCGUACUGCAUUUUCCGCAGUUCGUUGUUCAGAGAUUUCCAUUUUUGAACCCACAUCAUGUUCAUGUCUUUGAGGUUUUUUCUAGUUAUACGAGUUUGCAUUUGAAGCUUUCUGAUAAGAUCUAUCUGACCGUGCUGGAUCCAGCUGUGAGAUUUGUUGCUGUUGUUGUUGUGAAUCUUCACAACAUCUAUGGUUUUAUGUUUCUAUGUAAUGUUUACCUUGGUUUAAUAAAAGGGUGGGAUGAUCUUGAGAACUAUCAUGGAUUUCCCGAGGAUGUUUUGGUUGAGUUUCGUUACUGUGGGGAUAAUGUUUUGAGCGUUCAAUCUUUCAGUCUUGCUGAUUUUCCAAGUUCAACCCCUUCUUUCCAUAGUAGGAGUGGAGAUCCACAGGAAACUUUCGGUUUCGAUAUUCGUCUUACUGACAUGGAUGUUGCAAAGUCAAAAUUGGUUACGUGA